UAUAUUUUCCAGAAGUGAGGUGUAAACAGCAACAACAGAGUUGUCUGAGUGUACUUAAAUUGCCUUCCAAAAGUCGAUUUGAGAUGUCUACGCAGUGGUUUGAUAUAGCAAUGUGAAUGACAGCUGCAGCUCCCAUAUAGUUUGGUCAGUGCUUCCAUAAAUAUGAAGAGAAUGAAGAGGCCUGUUUAAUUUUUCACUUCUUUGUUGUUUUUUUGUUUGUUUGGUUUUUUUUUUCUUCUUUUUUUUUUCAGAUUCUUGUAUUUCAGGGCUUACCUGUGAAAUUUCCCAAGAGAACAGCAAGUUUGCUCAAUUAGUGAGAUUUACCAUGUUUGGGAAGUGAAUUUGAUUCUUGCCAUUAGCUGUGAUGCACUAAAUGUGCCCAGAAGGAUAAAGCUGCUAACAUGAUUUUGUGGAGCAAUUUAACUGCGUAUAAAGUUUGGAUCAUAGGGAUUCUUACAGUUUCAAUAUGAUGGCAAACAACUACUUAAAAAAGUUAACCGUAACAGCUUAAAGCAUUCAUUAUUAAAUAUUAAGAGCAUUUCUGAUUUAACUUUCAAAGAGGUCUGUAAGGGACUUUUUGCAUGUCACCUGCUGUCAAUUUGACAGUCUCUAAAGAUCUCUGAAGACAACAAUUGCUGUCUUUUGACAGGGAGAGCAUGAGCUGAGCCAGCUGGAGCAAGUGUUGAAGCCUUCUGCCUCCUGUCUGGCAAGAUGCUUGUUUAGAAAGGAGAGAGGGGAAAUCAGUCAUAUGUAAUGUAAAGUUCAAGAGUAACAAGUCCAAGAUGCAGAGGGGUACAAGAAUCUCAUUCAGCUCUGUGAAUUCCUCUCUCUCAUCUCUGAGAAACUGUCAGUCUUACAUAAAUACUGGAAUGGAUAUUGCUACCCACGUUGCCCUUGACCUGGUGGAAAAUUUCAAUGAUGAAGAGGAUGUUAGAAGUAUGGAAAAUGUCAUGUUAGAGUAUGCUGCAUUGGACAGAGAGCUUAAUCAUUACAUGAGAGCGUUUGAAGAAACGGUAGAUCAGAUAAAACAAGACAAACCAGAAAAGAUACCAGAUCUGAAAUCACUAGUAAAAGAAAAAUUUACUGCAUUGGAGAGCAUGAACAGUGACUCGGAUUUGGAAAAAAAUGAAAAAUAUAUGUAUUUUAAGGAUCAACUUAAAGACAUGAAAAAACAAUUUCGUCUUCAAUCAGAUAGCAACGAUAAUGACGACAUCGAACAAAUCGAUGAAGAUAUAGCUGUGACUCAGAGUCAGAUGAACUUCAUUUGUCCCAUUACACAGGCGGAAAUGAAGAAGCCAGUUCGAAACAAAGUCUGUGGACAUUCCUAUGAAGAAGAUGCCAUUCUAAAAUUCAUCCAGACUCGAAAGCAGCAGAAGAAGAAAGUCUGCUGCCCUAAAAUUGGCUGUAGCCAUGAUGAUGUAAAAGGAUCAGAUCUCGUGCCAGAUGAAGCACUUAAAAGAGCGAUUGACAGUCAGAAUAAACAAAGCUGGUCAGCGCUGUAGGAAUCGGCUGGAAGUGCCAUUGCCACAAAGAAAAUUUGUUAUUAGAGGUCUCAUGAGAUAAGCUGCUGAUUGUAAGCAGGUUGUGUAACGGAUUGUUAUUUAAAGUGUUUCAUUUGUAAGCAAAGUUGAAGGUCUCUGCUGUAACUGGAAACACUUUUUCAUCCACCAAAUAUGAGGAAUUCUUGGUGUUUUUUUUUCUCUUUCUUGAAAUUCUAAAUGUUGCAUUUGUUAAAUAAAAUGUGGCUUUCAGCCUUUA